UAUAAGCAAUUGUUGUGAAUUUUUAGGUAAUGAAUAUUCAAAAUAAAAAUCAAAUUCAGUACAUUUUAGUUGGUAGUGUACCUGCUAGUAAUUUUAAGUUCUUGCUGCAUCGUUUAAAGGGUUUAUGUGAUAAUGCUGUACUAUCAGAAACAAUGUAUGAAGAUCAUGAGGCUAUCUAUAUUAUCAAAAAUCAAACAAGUGGAGCUGUUACAGUUUCAUUAAGUGUGAAGAGGUCUUUGUUGAACCCUGAAAAAGCUCAUCGGAUUCAAUAUCUUGGUAAUGUUGAGGGAAUGAAUCUAAACCGAGCUGCUACUAUGCGUUCAAUAAUAGAAGUAGAAACAAGUGAUAAUAUAUCUACCUACUUAGAACAAUUAGGCUUUCAGUUUGAUUAUGAAACUCUUUUACGGGGAUAUUCAUUUUAUAAAGGUCCUAUGCGAAUAAAUGUAUCUCGAUUACAUAAAAUUCCAGAGAGAGGUAAUUUAUCAAACAUUAUGCCAAUGACAGAUUCGUAUUUAGUUGAGUUAACUCUUCAUACUCUUGUUCAACAAGAUUCAUUGUGCGAGGAGAUGAAAGCUUUUGCUGAACAUUUAAAACCAAUAGUGGUUCUUGAUAAAAUUGAACAAAAAAGAUAAUAUUUAUUAUAAUUUA